UAUAACAAAUAAUUUGAGGUGUGUCCAAUCUUUUGAGGCAAUCAUGACCACAGCAGCAGUACCCACAAACCCAAAAAGUCAAAUGGCUGAGGCAUAUGUUCAGAAGCACAGAAUUCCAGAACUCUUUGAGAACAUGACAGCUGCCCUCAUUCAUUCCCAGCCAGAAAACGCCAAGAAGUUCAUGAUAAAGUACUUGGAGACAUUGAAAGAGUACAGAGACGAGAAGGGAGACUACCCCGCCAUGUUCACCGAUGCCAACAUGACUGCUGUGUUUGGGAUGCUGGAUGUCACUAACAAGGGCUACAUCAGCAUGGAACAGUAUAGAAGUGCUCUGAAGACACUAGGAGUGAAGAAAUAUAAUGCUCGACCUGAUGGGUGUGAGAAAGAUCAGAUAAACCUGCCAACCUUCAUGACUGAAGCGGAAGAGGCUGCAAUAACUUCUAUAAUGAGUUCACAGCCAUUUUCCAAAGCAUUUCCCGAACUAGAGUAAAGCAGGUUGGAGCUAAGCAUCUGCUAACUUCGUGAAACUAAC